UGUAGUUUAAAGAUUUAUUACGAAGUUACAGUUAUAAAUCCAGGCUACAGUUUCAUUAUAAACCUAUUUCAGGUUGCAGCUAGGCUGCUAUUUUGGCAUACUGUUUAGUAGGCUAGUAUGCGGAUUGGGACGUAGCCGUGGUCGACGGCACGUAGCGCUUGCAGUAGGCAGUAGGCAGUAAGGAGGUUUUCAGUGCUGUGCAAGUGAACAGUCAUGUUUAAAAUACGAAAUGCGCUUCGGAGAGCAGCUGUUCAAGCGGACAGCAUCAUCUUUUGCAAAACAGGACGCCAGCACUCCAGGGCCUCGAUCUCAACUGGGCCGCAGCAACAAAAUGGAACUUUCUAUGAAUUUCGCACCUACUACAUCCAACCACACCUGAAUGCAGCCUUUCACAAGCUGACCAGCGAGAAGAUCCACCUGCGCACUGCACAUUCUGAGCUUGUGGGCUAUUGGAGCGUGGAGUAUGGAGGCCUCAAUCAGGUCUUCCACAUCUGGAAGUAUGACAGCUAUGCUCAGCGGGCAGCAGUGCGGGCAGCGCUGGCGCAGGAUUCCAACUGGAUGGAGCAGUACAUCUCUAAAGCUAUGCCCAUGCUGAGCUCUCAGGAUAAUGAAGUUACAUAUUUGGUGCCCUGGAGCAAGAUCCAGAAACCGGCUAAAGAAGGAGGUGUGUAUGAGCUGGUGUCGUUCCAGAUGAAACCAGGAGGUCCAGCAGUGUGGGGUGAUAGUUUUCACGGGGCAGUAAGCACCCACGCAGCUCCAGGAUAUGCUCACCCUGUGGGUGUUUUCCACUCUGAGUUCGGACUGCUCAAUAGAGUGCAUGUUCUGUGGUGGUAUGAGAGCGCAGAUGAUCGGGCAGCCGUAAGACACAAAGCCCACAGUGACCCUAGGGUUGUGUCCGCAGUGCGGCAGAGCGUAGCCUACCUGGAUUCUCAAAGAAACAAGCUGUUGUUUCCCUGCUCCUACUCACCUCUUAAUUGAACAUUUAAAACUUGCCUAAUACUAUAGGUGAUCAGCUUUUGCCGUCCAUUGUUUGAAUGAGCGCUGAGUGUAGAGCUGCACAGCUCUCAGCUUAUUCUGACAGGUGUGUGCUGGACUCCUUCAGUUCAGUGGUUUGCUUAUGUUUUUGUCUUAAUCAGUAUGUACAUGAGCAUGUAUGAGAUGACAAUAAGGCAACUAGAGCAUUGGAUUCUGAGUUUCCUUUCUCUCAUUUUCUUAACCCACUGCAUUCAACAUUUCUCUUAUCACUUUCAGCAGUAGUUACUGUAUAUGUGUGGCCUGAGAAAACCCUUGAUGAAAUUUUUACAUUUCUACUGUAUAGUUUUGAAAACCUUAUCUAUUCCUGAAUUGAAGUGUGUUUCUCUAUUGCAUGUAUCUCAAUCAGAAUUUUGGUUCACCUCAAAAGUACAAAGUGAGAAAAUUGCAUUUGAAGAUUCGAGACCGACUGAACAUGAGGCACCUCACAGAUUUUGACAACUGGUAUCAGAUUACAAACUGAAAUGGCGCUAAACUAUCCCAAAAACGUAAUCAAAUCAUGAUACUCUCUGUUUGGGGGAAUCAAGGUUUUUAGAUAUUUUAAGGCAGACUGUUUUUACUGCUACAUUUCUUAAACUUGCUCCUUACACACCGUGAUCUUUGCCAAGACAAGAUUGAAAAGUAAAUAAAAAAAAUUUCCAAAUUAUUUUAGUGAAAUAUAUUUGUGGUUUCUUUAAGUUGAGGUGUCCGAGUGUUAUAGGAAGAAAACCCCAGUUUUGUCCAAAACUUGAUCUUUCAUUUUCCACAAUUUUCAGCCACAGUGACAUCUGAUCGUUUUUCUCAGACCACCACACAUCCUGGUGUUACUAAUUUGAUUUGUAACCAAAAACCAUUACUUGAAGCUUUCUGCAUUAGUAGUUGCUUCGUCACAUUGAGCAACACCAGACAUAUCUGUAAAAUUCAUAGUCAUUUCUUACAUGUAUAUCAUUGAAUAAUAAUAAUAAAAAAAAAAAUUCAGAAUAAAAAUGUAAUUCUUGCAACUUAAAA